AUACCCUCGGAGUUUGAUGCACUCCAACCCUACAAUGACAGGCAAUAUUCAGGAAAGACGGACCUCCAGGCCUGGACGAUGGUUUCGAAGAGCAUUCAUGAGGACAUCAGACGUAGAGUCCCAGCAUGUCCCUCGUUUGGGCUCAGUCUCCCUUGUUGUCGACAACGCGCAAAUGCCGCAAAACCAACAUACAGAAGAUCAACUCGCAGCCACCAAGACGAAGGCAUCCGAGUCGAAGGUUGCCCAGGCCCGGGUCUCCGAAGUUGAUAUCCCGUCUGGAGAACCACUCAUACCAGGCCUCCCGUCGCCCACGCCUCCUCCGGUCCCAUAUGGCCUGCAACAACAGGAAGCGAAUGUACUCGAAGUUCCGAGGCCGGUGCUUACCACCAAGAACUCUUCCGCCUACUACCUUCCAUGCGAUAUCUACCGAGCCGACAUGAACACAGACGACGUUCACGGAAAUGAUGUUUACGCAAACCACAGUGCUGCACUGUCAAGCAGCAGUGUGACAAGCAGCGCCCCCAGCGAAGGUCGCCCUUUGGCGGCAUCACCUACACCGAGACGCAAGCGACAUUGUACGCUUAACCCUUGGACGCUGCUAAAGGCAGGUUGGGCACAAUUCACAUCGUGCUUCGACCCACAGUGCUUCUGGAAAAUGAUCGAUAUACGCGAGAUCUUCUUUCCAUUCACCUGGAAACGGUAUAUCACCUUGACGGUCAUUGGUCUGCUGAUCGGCGCCCUCAUCGUUACGCAGCACUACUUUCACUGGAUGGAGGCUUCGAUGGCUAUUACUCGAAGCAACAUGCUGCCAGUGCUGGUUCUCGUUCUGGGGCUUGAGCCUAUCAUGAUCACCAUCAUCAUAAUCUUCGCCAAGGUGCCAGACCUAGACACAACACCCAUCUCUUCGACUGAUGCAGAGAAGACUGUUGACAUUGAAGCACGAGGAGGUGUGCUGUCUGAGAAAGCGGCGGCAGUCAACGACCAUCGCACCGCGCUGGUCAUUCCGUGCCACAACAGUGAUCACGAAGCAAUGCUCCGGGUUCUCGAGUCUGCCUACCCUCACUUUAGACCUUGCGACAUCUUCGUCAUUGACAACGCGCGUUCUAUGCACCCCAAAGAUAGCACCUUCCGCGAGUUCAUCCGAAGCCAGCACGAGGAGAUCAACUACAUUUGGAGCCCGGUCGGUAGCAAGAACUACGCUCAGCUGGUUGGUGCUGUCGCCGCUGAACAAUACGAGUUCAUCAUGACCGUCGAUGACGAUGUCUGCAUUCCCGCCUCGUUCCGGCCCCCAAUCCACAAGAUCAACGACGUUAUGAAGGGCGUUGCUUUCCCACUCAAGGCCACCAAUGCCGCGGGCAAAGUGAGCUUCGGCAUGGUGGCGUGGCAGGAUUGCGAGUACCGCAUGGCUGGACUUACGAAGCUCGCCGAAGAACAAAUCUGCGGCGGCGCUGUCUUCCCGCACGGCGCCGGCUGGUUCUGCGAAAGGGCGACCAUGAUCGACCUCAUCAGCAACUAUCACAGUCUUGACUUCAUCGCCGAAGAUGUCAACACGGGCAUCUCAAUGAUGCGGAUGAAGAAGAGCCUUGGGUUUGAUGCCACCUGCGUCCUCGAGACCGAAGUUCCAACGACUGUCUUCGGAAAGGGCCUCAAUUGGUACCACCAGCGUGUGCGCAGCUGGGAGAUGGGCCGUCACGGCCGCCUCCUCGCUUUCUUCGACCGCUUUUUCUGCUCCUUCAACGGUCUUACAAACCCCAUCGCCAUCUUCGCGCAAAAGUUCAUCCUCUUCUACAGUAUCGCUUGCAUCAUCGUUGACUGGGUCCGCAUCCCAGUAAUCGUCACGAUGGGCGCCAACGGCGCCUACUGGCGACAAGCGGGUUUGCUCAGCCUCGUGUCCAUCUUCCCGAUUCUCUGGUUCAAGUACAUCUCCUGCCGCCGCCGACCAGACCUCCAGCCGACCUUCUGGGGCGCCGUUACUAUCCCGGUUUACAAGCAGCUCUACUACCUUGUCUCUGUCAUUGGCGGUAUCCGUGCGCUGGUGUACUACAUUGGUGGACACAAGCGCCCGCUCACGGUCAAGCAGAUGAUCAAGGCUGGCGACGAGCGGGUGCUUUGGCUGGAUCCGAGAUGGGCAACAAACAAGGGUUACCUGGCUGACGAGGGCGAGAAUCUUCGUCUGGCAAAGGAGGCUGCGACUGCCAGCGACGUAGCGACACUCUCAAGCGAUGCGAAGAGGACAUCAUUGAGUAUCAGCGAGAAGCAGAGCCUCCCAACGCUGAUGGGCUCAUCCCCGCCAAGUUAUUCCACCUUACGGCCACCCACGGCUAGUCAGACGACUCUCGAUAUACUGCCGGCGCCGCCGAGGGCGUGGCUUGUAUACUAACGCACACGAUACAUUGAUCGGAGAUGUCAACUUGACGAAGGAGUUCUGAACGCUCAUUGCUGGCUCUCGUUCUUGCAGCGACCAUUGUACUACAAAGACGCUCGUUUCUAUCUAAUGAGCAACAUGAUGUUGGUAUUUGUUUGUGCAGCAGUGUAAUGGCGAGCGAAAACUUUUGCCGAACAUUCCUUUGAUGUCAUGCUGGUUGCGCAGCUGCGCUGGAUGAGGAAACCCGCCUUCAAUUAAUUAGGAAGAUCUACGUAGAUCAUACACACCAUACUCUGGUACAGCCGCUAAAU